UGCCCUCUGGCCACCCGUGCUGCUUCGGAUCUUUUUGUGCGGCAGAUCGUACUCAUGCUGGAACUGCUCAUGGUGCCUGCCAUCAUUCGGACAGAGUGUGGCUUUGUGGUGGGCGGACGAAAGGCUCUUUGCGUGCUGCUGUACCGACUUGCGUUUCCGUGCCGGUUGAAGGACAUGCGUCUGGUUUUAGGCCUGAGCGAAUCCUGUAUCUGCGAGACUUUCAACUGGAUGCUACACUUCAAUGGACUUCAAGUGGGGCUUCGUACUUUUGCGGAGGCGGUUUACAACAAAGGUUGUCCCCUGACACACUGUUGGGCCUUCAUCGACGGAACUGUGCGCGGUAUCGCAAGGCCUAUACGCAACGAGCGCUUUUUCUACAACGGGUACAAGAGGAAGCACGCUAUCAAGUUCCAAGGAGUCGUGACGCCAGACGGGCUAUUUGUUGACCUGUACGGCGCAGAGGUUGGAACGAGGCACGACCGCUACUUGCUUGCGCAGUCUGCACUACUGGAGAAGCUACAGACCCACAUGAACAGCCCUUCAGGCCACCCGUAUUGCUUGUAUGGUGAUCCAGCGUACGGUCAGACCGAUCACAUACAGUGCCCUUUUAGUGCAUCUGUCAAUGCCCCCCUUACGCCCGCCAUCAGAAACUUUAACAAGAGCAUGAGCCAAUGCCGAGUGACGGUCGAAUGGGGGUUCAAGGAGAUGACUAGCAAGUGGGCCUUCGUUGACAUGAAGUGCCAGCAGAAGUUCCUGCUGAGCCCUGUAGCGACGCAGUACAAGGUAGCAACACUGUUGUCAAACUUCCACUCCUGCCUGAACGGCGGCAACCAGAUUUCACAGUACUUUGGAGUAGAGCCUCCCACGCUGGAAGAGUACCUCAAGGUGUAAGCCUCAGCGGUUUGUCAGGGAAAUAUGUU